CACCUAUUGCCACUACUGCCAGUAACUCACUCGUUUUUUUUGUCUCUCGUACCAUACAUACUCCACUGUUACUACCAUUAUGUUAAUUCCCUCUAUUGUCAGUAUUAGGUUUAGCUGUUUCAUAGUAAUUACGUACUUGGUAAAAAAAUCGCUGCCAGAAGUGUUUAACAAAUGUGUACAUGGUGAGGAUGUGAAUACAAACAUCAGUAAAUGCAUUAUUGAUUAUAGGUAAACGAGUGAAUGCUUCAGAUACACAUUCAAGUGUUUGUGGUAUUAAUUUUAAAUGGUGUAAAGUGCGAGGGCAAUGGUGAAGGGAUUCUGUAGAUGGCCAAGCAUUGCAAAUGUAGAAGUCUUAGACAAUGCAGUCACAGCUGUAAACCGAGUUGAUGGUAAUAAAUAUAUCAUAGCUGUGCAUAAUACAAGGGACCACACUCAUACUUCGUGACAAUAUAGGGCUUGUGUGGAGGAAAUUUUACACGAGCAAGUGAUGUCAGUUCGAAGUAUGUAGCCAUCAUCCAUUGUACUACUGCAUCACGUUCACUAGGUCAUCCCUCCUUACUUUUUAUGCCAUCCCUAUAUUCACCAUUUUAGAUUUACUUGUCUUUCUGUGGGUUCUCUCAAGUAGCAUCAGUUCUGCUUGUGUGAGUGACCACACUUAACAUCCGUACAGAAGAAUGGGGAGGCAGUAUGGUAGAGGUGCAGGGGGUGGAGGCAGCUAGCGUGAGAACCAAGGGGAUUGAGUGAGAAGAAGUCCCUUCUGCAGGAACUGCAACGCUCUGAGGUGCGAGAUUUGAUGAUGAGGAGACAGAUUGUAGUACUCCCAAGUUGGUGGUAAAGAGUCUUUCUCUGGGAUGAUCUCGCUACCUAGUUUCUCAAAGUAACGGGCCCAACCUUCCGCGAUGUUUUCAUUUUUUUUGUUUUGAGAUGCCGGCAGAGAAUGGAUGGAUACUGUGGGCGGUGUUGUGGUUAUGAACAGAAAGAAUCUCUGGGGAUUGAGGUUGGUAUCCAGAAAUAUUUCUUGAGGCAUUUCCUCUGUAGGUGAAGGCAUGCCCUGAAGGUUCUCUUUGCAGAUUUGUAGGCCAUUCUGAGGUGGUUGUCAUGACUGCGUUUGAGAAUUUCUGAUAGACAACUUUGGAGGGAAUAGUGUACCUGGAUAGGAUUACUUCCUUCGAGGUUCCCGACCAGUUUCGAGGGAUAUGGAGUUGGUUUUAGGUAGGGCUGGAAGUUGUUGAGGAUGAAGUUGGGAGGGGGCGGUGAGCUGCUACCCUGGCGAGUACUGGGAGGUGAUCAGAGACAGAGGUGUUCAGAGGGAGAUUCCGCGAGAUAAACGUGACCUUUCAACCACACCCCACUGGUAUGGACCGCCUCCUCUGCGAGCAUGAUUAAUCGUGGCCGGCUGUCCCCGCCUUAUAGCCUGCUCUCUACAACGUCCGCCAGUCUGGGUUGCAGAGCGUCGAUCGUAGCUAUAUAGCCCUGUACAGACAGCCAUGAGUGAUCCACAGACAUGCCAAAGCGACGAAGACAAGCAGACGGUGUCCGUGAACGAAGGAGAACAGCAACAACUAACCGCUGCUCUACCCGUCUCCCUCGGGGAUAGUCCGCCGCGUGGCUCGGCCCUCCUCCUGUGUCCGGCGCAGUGGAACGCUCUCCUGGAGGCGGCCCCCGUGUCCCUGGUGGUGAGAGAGAUGAGCGACGGCACGACUGUGGCAGAGGACCCAGAGCAGCCGGACUUUGGUGCCGAGGCAGAGAGCGAGUCAGAGGACAAGGAAGGGGAGAAGAUCCCACGACUGGUUUUUGCUGAAGACGAUGAGAUUCGGACCCCGCUCGGAGGGCAAACUCCUGAUCCUGACAGAACUUACAGUGUAACAAAGGACACAAGACAUUACUGCUCCACUUCAGAGACAUUGGAGAAUGUGGCACUAGAGCUGGACAACCCUUCCUCUCUCCGUCCUCCCCUCCUCCCCUCCCGUCCUGAUAAUGUGGAACAUCCUAUACACAGUAGCACCACCUCAGGUCUAUGGUCUCCUUCCGUCCCUACCUCUCCCCUCAUUCCCCACACCACCCCUCUCCCACCUCCCUCCUCACUCUCCACACCCUCGUACUCUGUGGCCCACCUCGAGCUCACCAUCGAGUCGAGAGGGAGUGACACACCCACCAGGUCCCGCACAUCCUGAGUACCGCCACACGAUUACACGAUCUGCAAGUCAUCAUGCCUCCCCUCUGCUAUGUCACUCAGUCAACUUACCCCCCUCCCCUCCUCACUCCCGCACCAACCAACACCCUCACACCCCUGACCUUGAGCUCAUCCACUGGCCUGCCUACAAGAAACACACCCGACAUGUCUCUGAGACACCCUCCCUUCCCCCGUUCCAUUCCUCCUCCACCUCGUCUGCAUACCAUUCCAGGAACUCGUCACUAGGCUCGCAGUUGAGCAGCUGCUGCUUCGAGUCUGACAGUGUGCUAAACCAACUGACUGACAUGGACUCUGCACUGGCCGUGCACACUGGGAGCCAUGGAGACUUGAAGAGGUUCCAUCGGUAUGGAGACACGUCUCCUUGCUGCAGUGACCUCAGUCUCCCAACCCAUUUUGGGUCCCAUCACCUACCCUCACCUCUCCUCCACAAUAGAGUGAAGGGUCUGUCACUGUCCCCAAGUCUGGAAGAGACACUGUGCCACUGUAGCAGCAGGAACAGAGAGUUCAUUCUGGAGAGCUUGGAACAGAAGAGGCAGGCCUCCACCAUGAAGAGCAGCGAGUGGAUCAAGCAAGAACUCGAUAAGGAUAAAGACAAUAUUGUCCAAGUCAAAGUCAGCUCCAAGACAAAGCAUGUUGUUCACUAUAGCGUCAAGUGUGGUGACAUCAUCAUUUGGGAGUUUGCUACCAAAAAGAGAGACAUUGGUUUCGGGGUGUUGUUUGAAGCAACAGAAGUGGCCACAGAACAGGAGCCUCUUCCUUCUAGUCAUGAAUCCAUUGAGAAGAAGGUGAUGUCCAUCUUGCCACCUUUUCGUGUAGGCACCCAUGCCCACCCGACUGUUGGCUACCACUGUGCCACACAAAACGGCAUCUAUGAGAUUCUUUUUGACAACACCUACUCCCGGUUCUUUGCCAAAGAGCUGUUUUACAGAAUAACAACUCAGUCUUCAGAACCAAAUGUGAACUACUUAGAACAGUACAGUAAAACUGACCUUUUCAUUCUAAAUAAUGCUCAACCGCAAUAGAUUUUGAUCAUUUGUGUCCUGUCUUGUAUGUGUGUGGGUUAUGUUUGUGUCCCAGAAUAUUUUGUAUAAGUCACUUCUACUGCUCCAAAUCACAAAAAUAAAGCUUGAUUGUCUGCAUAAUAAACCAAACUAUUUGCCCGGAAGAGGGAAUUGUGUAAGUGUCCACGUACAUUACCUGUAGUGAUGUUAGCAUGCAUCUUUGUGAGCAGACUAGCAACACCCAAAACUAUUGAGCACUUUCAGGCAUUGAUAGUCAAAUGUCAAGUGAAUUCGCAGGAUUUUUAUGUACUUGUAUUAUACAAUACUCCAUGGUUUCGUGUGCCAAAACUGUAUGAAACUGAAACAGUUGUAUAUUUUUAAACUGGUUUGUGGUCUUUUUUGAAGAUUUGGCAUUGGAAAUUAGAUUCACACAGUGCAUAGGGGUAGUAUAGGCGGUUUUUGAAACUUCCACUUAAAUAUCACCUAUCACGAAAAAUAAAUCACAUGAUACAAACUGAGAUCAGACAUUAAUAAUAAUAAUUAUUUUUUUUAAUGACUAAGAGCCAGGAAGGCUAUUAGUCAAACUACCUACAAUGUAAUAUGAAAGUGGUAUGAAUAAAUUGCCACUGCAUCAUCUCAUCAGAUCCUAGUGAGUACACGAAUUUCUGCUCUGAUGAAAGCAACUUAUAUCCAGGAAACAUUGCUUGUAUUUCUUGUUACAGAUUGUUUUCAUACAUUGAACAUUUGCAUAGGAAAUAAAUCCGAUUUGCACUUGCGACACAGCCUUUGGCUCACUGGGACCGACCUCGGUUAAUGGUAUCUCCCACGUUCAAUUUCCAGACUGUGGCAUCCAACUCUAAGCGGAGUCAUAGAUACUCGGAGUGCUGCUGAAGGUUAU